UCUUUUCAUACUCGGCGAAGCCCCCUCUCAAUACCUAUACGAAGUCUUUAAAUACUCUAGUAGGUUUCAUUUAUUCCUCAACCAGAAUUCCACUUUUAGAACCUCGAUCUCUAGCUAGCUAUCACAUGUAUCCCACCUUAAUCCUAUUUUUCUCCAAAUUUUUCCAUUUUAAAAUCAAAUAUUUUCUGCUUCUUAUGUUGCAUAUCUUAGAAAUAAGUUUUUAAGAUAGAAAUGGCAUCGCCAAAACAUGUCCCAAGAUGGACUCCAACAGAAAGUCCAAGUAGAUCACCGUCGCCACUUCUUAGCAGUAAAGAAAAAGACAGUAGUUUCGCAUAUUAUGAUCAAGAAGAAAAUGAAUCUAUGAAAAACAUUUUCCCAUUUAGUACUACUAUUAGUAUUCAUCAUGAUAACAAGGGUACUGGUCAUUCUUAUCCUGAAGAAGAUAUGUAUGAUGCGCCUUCUUUAAGAAUUGAAUAUGAUCAUCAAACAGAGGGACGAACAAGGGGAGGUUCAGUUGUAAUGGAGAUGGAACCAAUUGAGUUUAUGACUGAUCAACAGCGGCAAAAACAAGAGGGAUCUCCGGAAGCUGCCGUGUUUACAUGGGAAGGUGUCUUGUUGACAUGGGAAGAUCUAUGCGUUAGUGUACCUUCUUCCAGUAGUAAGGAAAAUGAUAAAGCUAUUAUUGAAGGGCUAAAUGGAUAUGCUCAUCCUGGUGAGGUCUUAGCUAUUAUGGGUCCUUCUGGUUCUGGAAAAUCAACUCUUCUUGAUGCACUAGCAGGGAGACUAUCCUCAAAAACAAGGCAAUCGGGUAUGAUACACGUAAAUGGUCGGAAACAAAGGCUUUCUUUUGGGACGUCGGCUUAUGUAACUCAAGAUGAUACAUUGACGACUACAUUGACAGUUAAAGAAGCCGUUUACUACUCUGCUUUGCUUCAAUUACCUGACUCUAUGACAGCAUCCGAAAAGAAGGAGAGAGCAGAGAAAACAAUAAAAGAGAUGGGGUUGCAUGAAGCUAGGAACACAAGAAUAGGAGGGUGGAACAUUAAGGGUUUAAGUGGUGGACAAAAGCGAAGAGUAAGCAUUUGUAUAGAGAUUUUAACACGUCCGAAACUUCUGUUUCUGGAUGAACCUACAAGCGGUCUUGAUAGUGCAGCAUCUUACCAUGUAAUGAAUAGAAUUGUGAAGCUUUCGAGACAAUAUCAGAUGACUGUUAUUGCAUCCAUUCAUCAACCGAGUAGUGAAGUCUUCGAUCUCUUUCACAAUCUUUGUCUACUCUCUUCUGGUAGAACAAUUUACUUUGGCCCAGCUUCUGCAACGAAUGAGUUUUUUGCAUUGAAUGGAUUCCCUUGCCCAAGCAUGAGAAACCCAUCAGAUCAUUACCUGAGAACUAUCAACAAAGACUUCGAUCAAGACGUUGAACAAGAUUCUGAUGGCAAUGCAACAACAACGGAGGAAGCAAUUAAUAUGCUUGUUGAGUCAUAUAGGUCAUCACCAAUCUUCCAACAAGUCAAACAACGAGUAUCGAGUCUGUGCAAAAGGGAAGGAAGUAUCUUAGAAAAAGGAAGCCAAGCUAGCUUCUUCACACAAUCCGUUGUUCUUACAAGAAGGUCCUUCGUGAACAUGUAUCGUGAUUUAGGAUACUACUGGUUACGAUUAGGAGUCUACAUUGCUCUAUGUCUUUGUGUUGGUACAAUAUUUUUCAACGUCGGUAGCAGUUUUGGUUCAAUUCAGGCCAGAGGUGCAAUGCUUAUGUUUGUAGCUGCAUUCUUAACUUUCAUGGCAAUUGGGGGAUUCCCUUCUUUCGUGGAGGACAUGAAGAUCUUUGGCCGAGAAAGAUUAAACGGACAUUACGGUGUUGCAGCAUUCGUUGUGGGAAAUACAAUUUCUUCGAUUCCAUACUUGCUUAUGAUAUCACUGAUACCAGGAGCCUUAGCUUAUUACCUAGUUGGUCUCCACAAAGGAUAUGAACAUUUUCUUUUCUUUGUUCUACUACUUUUCGUGUGUAUGAUGUUAGUCGAGAGCUUAAUGAUGAUCGUUGCAAGUAUAGUACCCGAUUUUCUUAUGGGUAUCAUCACCGGCGCUGGAAUUCAAGGUGUGAUGAUGUUAAAUGGUGGGUUCUUCAGACUACCAAAUGAUCUUCCAAACCCAUUUUGGAAAUACCCCAUGUACUACAUUGCCUUUCACAGGUACGCAAAUGAAGGGUUCUACAAGAAUGAAUUCCAAGGACUUCGGUUCCCUAAUAAUCAAAUAGGAGGAUCACCGACUAUUAGCGGCGAAGAAAUAUUGAAAAAUAUUUGGCAAAUGCCAAUGGGCUACUCAAAAUGGGUUGAUCUUGCUGUUCUAUUCGGAAUGGUGGUUCUAUACAGGCUAAUGUUUUUCAGCAUUAUCAAGUUGUCCGAAAAGAUGAAAUCCAUUGUAAGAGAACGCAGUGUUCCAAACUCAAGUAAAAGUUUGUAAUGUGUAUAUGACACUAUUUGUGUGUUUUCGUUUUUGUAUUAAUUGUAGCCAUGAAAUUUAUACAGAUAUUUUGUUGUAUUGUAAAUUUUUUGUUUUGGAAUAAAAAUCUAUACAUGGAAUUUUGUUGGAA